GGGGUCACGGGAGGAGGGGUCACGGGGCCCCGAGGUGGAGGAGGGGUCACGGGAGGAGGGGUCACGGGCCCCGUGACUGCCGCCCGCCGCGUGAGGCUGGUGGGCGCAGGGGAGCCCUGCGAGGGUCUGGUGCAGAUGCGGCACGGGGAGCGGUGGGACGCGCUCUGUGUGAGUGGAUGGAACGCGUCGGGGCGCCUUGCGGAGGAGCUGUGCCAAGGUGCGGGGUGCGGCCCCCCCAAGAGGGACGCGGGGUCCCUGAGCCCCCAGCUCUACGGGGGGGACCUCCUCUACCCCAGCGUGCGCUGUCUCGGGGAGUUCGUGUCCCGGUGCGCUGCGUGUCCCGUGCUGCGCUGCUCGUGGGAGAGCACGGCCACCCUGGCGUGCGAACCCGGCCCGGCCACUACCACCGAUGAGGUCACGUGGCCGCGGGUGCGGGUGUUGGGGGGGUGGGGCCCGUGCCAGGGCCACUUGGAAGCGCUGCAUGCUGGGAGCUGGAGGGGAGUGUGCGCCCAGGCACUGGACGCCUCGCUCGCCUGCGCACAGCUGCAGUGUCCCACGGACGAGGUGAAGGUCACGGAGAGGGAGAUCGACCCCACGGGCCUUGACCUCGACCCCUACCACUGGGUGGCUCAGGCACCCUGCACGGGGGAGCGGGGGGAGCGGGGGGAGCGGGGAGAGCAGGCCACCCACAAAUGCAGGGACCUCCUGACGUGGAGCGAUGUCUCCACGUGUCCUGGGAACCGCAGCGCCUUCAUCUCGUGCCGUGAGAGGAGUGGUCCCAUGCUGGUAGUGAGCUGGCUCAUCGUGAGCACAGCCAUCGUGAGCCUGCUCGCCCUGCUCACCCUGCGGCUCGUGGAGUGGCGCCCUGGCCUCCUCUCCUCCGUCAAGGGGGGCCUCUCCGCCACCCGCGACCGCCUUUGUCUCUCCCGUUCCCGGCCCAGAGACCGCUACUCGCACCCCAACCCCGCGAGGUGGCGCGGCUCGCUCGAUUACGAGGCCCCUGGCGGAGCUCACAGCGAGGCUUAUGGUGGAGCUCACAGCGGGGCCCACGGUGGAGAUCACAGCGAGGCCCAUGGCAAGGCUCAAUGGGAGGCCCACGGUGCAGCUGAGAGUGGGCCCCAAGGUGGAGCUCACAGCGGGACCCAUGGUGGAGCUCACAGCGGGGCCCACGGUGGAGCUCACAGCGAGGCCCAUGGCAAGGCUCAAUGGGAGGCCCACGGUGCAGCUGAGAGAGGGCCCCAAGGUGGAGCUCACAGUGGGGUCCCUGGUGGAGCGGCUCCUGGUGGAGGGACCCCUGCAGGAACCCCGAGCCAAGUUGACCGCUACAGCGUGACCCCCGUGGAGGAGAAGGAGCGACUUGACUCCGGGUCCUCGAUGCUGUGCGACCUCGCAGAGCUGAACGGGCUUCUCUCGACCCACGGCUACCGGCUGGACAGCUCCCUCACCCCGCCCCCCGGCUACCUGCAGGCGCUGCGCACCCUCACCAGGCCUCACCCCCCGGGGCUCACCCCGCCGCCCUCCUAUCUCCAGGCGCUUCGCAUCCUCUCUCGCCCCAUGCUGGUCCCCCUCGCCACGCACGACCCCGACCAGCGGCAGGACGAGGAGGAGGAGGAGGAGGCCGAGGGGGGCAACGACGAGGGGCAGGGGUUGCUGGCUCGCCCCGUGAUCGUGCACUCCGCUCAGCCCGGCAGGGAGUCGCUCCUGUAGCCUCGCGCGGUCGCCCUCUGCCUUGUAACUCCAAAUCACUCAAUCUUCACUCGGUGACGACGACGUCACCACGGCGCUUAUGCCAGGCUACGUGCACUCGCACUCACACACAACAGCAGCGGCAUCGCCCCACCCUGCUGUGAAACCAGCGUAGGCUGUGCCUCGCGUGAAGCACAGCGACGCUUUGCUGCGCUAUGAUCGCCGCGUGCUUUGACAACGAUAGAUCCCGUAGGCAAUAAACUCAAUUGUUCAUUUCUAACGGAACAGUCCGAAAAGGUGAUGAUGGUGGUGAUGCGACUGGGGAGCAGUGGCACAGCGGUUAGCGCGCUGUGCUACGAACACGACGACCCGAGUUUGAUUCCCGCUCCCUGUCGACGCCAAUGACGAGUUAUCUGAACCGGUCUUGGAUCUCCCCUAGGUCGACUCAGCCUCAAUUAAGUACCUGGUGCGGUGUGUAAACAGUCACCACUAGAGAGACAAAU